UCAUGCUUGCCCACACCCUCUCAGAAUGCAGCAUGGGGAAAGAAUUAACACAAUUAAGGAACUGUAGCCAGGCAGAGUGUCUUUAUCGCCAAACAGUCGUCGUUUUCGGAUGAUUGAACUUAAGUGAUGCUCAAACGAUGCCUAUAGUGGACAAACUCAAGGAGGCCCUGAAGCCCGGCCGGAAGGACUCCUCGGCGGGCGACGAUAGCGACCUCAAUAAGCUGCUGGCCUCCUCGGCCAAGAAGGUCCUGCUGCAGAAGAUUGAGUUUGAGCCGGCCAGCAAAGGCUUCUCCUAUCAGCUGGACAGUCUCAAGACCAAAUAUGUGAUCCUCAACCCCCGCGGCAGUGAGGGGGCCGCGUCGUGUCAGAGGGCCAGCACAGAGCCCGCUCAGAUCAAGAGGCAAGUUUCAGACAACCAGUGUGGGGGCCAGAGUGAUGGGAUCCCCGCCCCGCAGAAGAUGCUCUUCCCUGGGAACAGACUCUMCAUGCGUUGGGAGCGUGUCUACCGGGUGGGAGCCGGCCUCCACAACCUGGGCAACACCUGCUUCCUUAACUCCACUGUGCAGUGUCUCACCUACACACCGCCCCUGGCAAACUAUCUACUCUCCAAGGAGCACAGUCGUGCCUGUCACCAGUCGGGUUUCUGUAUGAUUUGUAUAAUGCAGAACCACAUCAUCCAAGCCUUUGCCAACACGGGAAAUGCCAUCAAGCCUGUCUCCUUCAUCCGAGACCUAAAAAAAAUUGCCAGGCACUUUCGAUUCGGUAGCCAGGAAGACGCCCAUGAAUUUUUACGCUACACCAUCGAUGCCAUGCAGAAAGCCUGUCUGAACGGCUACCCCAAGUAAGUUAGACCGCGCACACAGGCCACCACAUUGGUCCACCAGAUAUUUGGAGGUUACCUCAGGUCGCGAGUUAAGUGUUCCAUUUGCAGUGUGUCGGACACGUACGAUCCUUACUUGGACAUUGCUGUGGAGAUUCGAGUAACAAGCAGAAAUAUCGUCCGAGCCCUGGAGCUCUUUGUCAAGCCCGAUGUGUUGAGUGGAGAGAACGCCUACAUGUUGUGCCAGUAAAAAGUUCCGGCAACAAAGCGAUUCACAGUCCACCGAACGUCCAAUGUUCUGACCCUGUCUCUCAAGAGGUUUGCCAACUUCAGUGGAGGAAAAAUCACCAAGGACGGCUACCCAGAGUUCCUGAACAUCCGCCCCUACAUGUCUCAGAGCACGGGCGACCCGGUCAUGUACGGCCUCUAUGCUUGCUUGGUGCAUUCUGGGUACAGCUGUCAUGCGGGCCACUACUACUGCUAUGUCAAGGCCAGCAACGGGCAAUGGUACCAGAUGAAUGACUCGAUGGUCCAUUCCAGUAACAUCAAAGUAGUCCUCAAUCAGCAAGCCUACGUCCUAUUCUACCUGAGGAUCCCAGAGACCAAGAAGAAGUGGAUGCCAGAUCACCAAGCAGGGAAUGGGGAAAACGUAGCGAUGUCAGAGCAGUUCAGGAAGACACAACCUCAACAGCCCUGUCCUCUCCGCAGGUCACCAAGUGAUGGGACAGACUGGCAGAACGGUCCAUCAUCAGAAUGUUUGAAAGCAAUACGAAACUGGACCCUUUCCAGCUGUGUAAGAUUCAGUUCCGUCGAGGGCGGCCUGGGCAGACCCGUGUCUAGGAAGGCUCCAACGGCUCCCAGCAGCCCAACAAGAUGUCCAACGGGACGUCGUCCUCCGCCCCACCAGGAUCCCCGACCCAUGCUGAGAGAGCCCUUCAAGAAGCUGAAGAACCCUGUUUGUCCUCAGCAGCCCCAGGCGCGCAGCAGCACCCCCGCCCCCUCCAACGGUGUGGGCAGCAGGUCGGACGGCGGAGACCGGAGGCACGGGAACCAAGGGGCCAGGGGCCUGGCUGCAUCUACCUCACUCAAGUCCCUGUCAGACUCCUCCUCGGCAGACACCUCCGACUCCAAGGAUUCCAUGGGUACCAAAAGUGCGCCGGUUGGUGGGACGUCCACCCCCCCUAGGAACGUCUCGAACGGCAUGGCCUCCCCUGCCAAGAGUGUGGAGCGCGUGGGCACGGAGGAGCAGAAGACAGUCAAGCUAAAACCUCUGGCCCUCAACAACAUCACAUCUUCACCCACCAGCACCACGUCUCCCCCGCCCGCCAAGAAAUUGGCCCUGUCGGCCAAGAAGGCCAGUCGCAGCCGGAGUCCGAGCAGCACUGAGGCUCAACACCCCCACCUGCCACGCCAUCCGUCCAGUGACCGCACGCAUCCUGCUCAACUUAACAACCUCACCUCCACCUCACCCACUCACAGUCACAGGGUUGGUCCAUUCCAUUCACCCAAACUGCAAUCUCCACCCGCAGCCCACCAUGUCCACUCAGGCAUCCCAUCUAAGCAUCAGAGUCCCCAGAAAUCAAACUCCACCCUCUCUCCAAAAACCAAUGGGCUUCAGACCCACCUUCCAAAGAGCCCUAAACCUACCAAGACCCCCAGUCUGUCAGCGCCUGGCCCAAGCAGUUCCGCCACCUCCUUAAAGAAGAAAAAGAAGAAACGGCGUCACUCUGAGAUGGAAGGCGGAGAGCGAGAGCCAGCACUGGCCUACGUCAUAUCAGACAUCCCCGCUGAGCCCCAACUGAUCGAACCGGCCAGUGAGAGGAAGAGGAGGAAAAGGAGAAAGAARAGAAAGAGGGAGGAAGAGGAUGGAGAUACAGCCGAGAACCACAGRGAAAGGGUUCAGUCUCAUCUGGAGGCUUCACCGCCGGCCCAAGAGGAGGACUGGUGUCAGGGUGGAUCAUGGCGACUCAGCCCCCCUGACAAAAGAGCCCUGGAACAACCAAAGCAGCCCCAUCCCCAGCCUGAGAGUAAGCUCCAGUUGGUUCCAGUGGUUCUCCAGUGUGAUGCGAAUCAAGGAGAGCAGAGUAUGGACACUGUGACCAUGAUGAAGAGGAGGAGGAGGAAGAAGAAGAAAAGGAGAUUGGAGGAGGGACCGGAGGAAGCGACAUCAACACGUUCUGUUUCAGAAAGUUCUGGGAUGAGGGACACGGUUGUUGAAAACGGCGCUGGGGAUUCUACUGCGCCAAAGAAGUUAAAAAAGCGCAGGCUAAAAGAAGAGGUGAAACAGUGGGAGGAAAGCAGACGUUGUUGCUUCGACGACCAGAGGAGCGACACUGAAGCAGCGGAGGCCCUUCCUAAGAAGGGCACCGUGGAGAGCACCGCUGGAGUGAUCGUGUGGGACAGCCAGGUUAAGGAUGGCUACAAGCGCUCCAAGGCCCCCGCUGCAGAAGCAGCAGAGGAGGGGACCGGGGAUGUCCCCCGCCCAGCCCCCAUGGUCUGGGAUGGCAAGAGGAGUGGUGGAGUGGUUGAGGAGCUCCUGAAGAACUCUUUGGACAAAGCCUAUGGAACCCAAGUCCUCAGCUGGGAGGGAGAGGCAUCUGCCAUCAGUAGGGAUGCCAUUGACGACACCCGCGAUGCCAGAACCGACACGGUGAUUGACGAGUGGGACGAGGACUUUGACAGUGGAAAGGUGAAGAAAAUGAAAAAGUAUAAGCGAGAGAAGAGGAGGAGCGGCAAUAUCUUUCAGAAGAUCCAGGACCGGCGGAGCAUGUGGUCGGUCACACCCGGCGCUAAGAAGACCGGCUUUGGAUACCGUCACUGAGAGCCAACCAGAAUGGAUGUUUGGAUACAGUCACUGAGAGCCAACCAGAAUGGAUGUUUGGCCACAUACAGUACAACAACUGAAUGACGACACGUGACGCCACUGUAACAAUGUUUACUCUUUUUUGAUUGUGUUUGGCGGUUCAUACCCUGAUUGGCAAUACGAGAGACCAUGGCCUGUUGACAGAACACACCUUUCGGAGAGAUAAUGACCAUCUUUGAUCUGGUGCUUCUCUUCACUGUAGAACUUACGCCUAGUCUUCCUUUGAUGACCGAGUCUGGUGAGCUGACCAACACGGGCUGUGAUUACCAUCGUCAGCCAGGGUUCAGCAACAAUGAGUUGACCAUUGCUUCUACACAGUUGUCUCAGAUGGAUAUAAAAUAUUGUUCCGUCAAUGGUCUCAAGCUGCUCAUGGAAUAUGAUGAUUUACCUACUGUGAUGCUGCUGAGCUUCCAUCUGUGGUAAUACAUGACACUAUGUUAUGAAUUCAGAACAAGUCAUGUCAGGAAUUCUCAUAUUUGGACAUUUUACAUGGUUGGGCUACUCUAGGGGACGGUUUUGGAUUUUUAGCCGAUAUCAAAGGAUGUGCAGUGACCAUAUAGCAUUUAUCUGUGUGAAAGGAUGAGGUGAGAGAUUUUGAUAAUGUUGCUAGAUACCCUUACCAUCAGCUAAAUGUAUUGAAACUAUGAGGGAGACACUUGGGUUGUGUUCAGGUGGCGAAACGUUCAGAACUUUGAAUUUAGUAAUGUAAAAGAGCUGAAAUGACU